GUUUUCCGACCCGCUGAAAUGGCGGCCCGUAGCGUCGAGUAACUUUAUCGCACAAUAAAUAAUCAGAACAAUAAUAUGGUCGUUUUUAAACAUAUAACAUGAAGAAAAACAUCACUGUGAUGCUUCGGACGUUUUAGUCAGGACGUGCUCUUUUGACCUCAACGUUUGAAAGAAGUUAAAAGCGAUAUUAUGGAGGAUCCUCAUACACGAUACAGUAAGCGUUUGCGCACAGGUACACGCCGUCGCUACCAGGAUGAUGGAAUCUCGGAUGAUGAAAUCGAAGGGAAACGAACGUUUGACUUGGAUGAGAAGUUGCAGUGUGAGAGGUUUGGCUCUGAUCUGGUCAAACUUAUGGAGGGUAAAGAUUUCACAUAUGAAUACAUACAGAGGGAAGGUCUCAGAGACCCCAUCAUUUUUAGAAAAGCUGAUGGGCUUGGUCUACAAAUGCCAGACCCUGAUUUCAGUGUGAGUGAUGUCAAGUUGUUUGUUGGUAGUCGACGCAUUGUGGACGUUAUGGACGUGAACACCCAGAAGGGAAUUGAAAUGUCGAUGGCUCAAUGGCGACGCUACUAUGAGACGCCCCCAUCUGAGAGAGAAAAGCUCUACAACGUCAUCAGUCUGGAGUUCAGCCACACCAGACUAGAGAAUCUGGUCAAACGACCGGCGUCUGUGGAUCUCAUUGACUGGGUGGACAACAUGUGGCCUCGCCAUCUCAAGGAGAGGCAGAGAGACUCCACAAAUGCCAUCAUAGACAUGCAUUAUCCCAAAGUACAGAAGUACUGCCUCAUGAGCGUUCAGGACUGCUUCACAGACUUCCACAUCGAUUUUGGUGGAACUUCAGUCUGGUACCACAUUCUGCGAGGGGCAAAGGUGUUUUGGCUCAUUCCACCCACACCUCAGAAUUUGGAUAUGUAUGAAAACUGGGUUUUGUCAGGAAAGCAGGGAGACAUCUUCUUGGGGGAUAAGUGUUGCGACUGUCAGAGGAUAGAGCUCAACCAAGGAAACACCUUCAUAAUCCCAUCAGGUUGGAUUCAUGCCGUCUACACUCCAGAGGACACUUUAGUGUUUGGGGGAAAUUUCCUUCACAGCUUUAACAUCCCCAUGCAGCUCAACAUCUACAACAUUGAGGACCGCACACGGGUUCCAGCAAAGUUCCGCUACCCGUUUUAUUAUGAGAUGUGUUGGUAUGUCCUGGAGAGGUACCUCUUCUGCCUGACCAACAUCUCCCACCUCACACCUGAGUUCCAAAAAUAUUCACUUGGUAUUGGGCUGACUCCAGCUGACCUUGAAAUCAGCGAUCUCUCCAUGGACAGCACUUCCAAUGGAAUUGACAGUGAGGAUGAAAAAGAAGUUGAUAAAAAGGAAGAAGAGACCAAAGAUGAUGUCAUAAGUGAACAGCCAGCCCAAGUCACCACCCCUCAUCAUGUGCUUACCCCUUUUGAACUUGAGGGCCUUUGGAACCUAGUAGGAAAGCUGGAGGAGCUGCCGGCCCACAAAAAGUGUGCUCCUGCAGGGAUUGGACGUCCUGAAGCCCUGCUUGAAGACUUGAGGAAUGUUUUGAAGAAUUGUGUAAAUGACGACAUUAAGCUUGCCUACACCGGAGAGCCUAUUGUCAAAUGGCCUAAAAGGCCAUUGUGGUACCAGCCACCCCCUCCCCCUCCACCUGCUCUUUACCGUCCUCCUCGGUCAGGCCCUUCCCUCCACAAGUCUCAGAAGCCCAUCAAACGCACGUCCAUUUCGGCUCUGAGGCGCAGACGGGUGAGGUGCAAGCGUUGUGCUGGCUGUCGCAGGAAAGAGUGUGGCGACUGCCUGUACUGCCAUGACAUGAGGAAGUUUGGUGGGUCUGGACGUAUGAAGAAGGGCUGCAUGAUGAGACAGUGCCUAACGCCUGCCUUGCCCAACACCGCUCGAUGUGCCACUUGUGGAGAGGGCGAGUUUGAUGAAUCUGAUCCGAGCACUCACUCUCUCAUGGAGUGCACAAUCUGUUCACAGAUUGUUCAUCGUCAGUGUGUAAAGGAACCCGGUGAGGGGAAGAUUAAUACGGACCUGCCCAGCUGCUGGGAAUGUCCAAAAUGUUACCAAGGCACAGGCUCUGCAUCAGAGUCUUCCAGUGAGGAGGAAAGUGCAGAGUCGGAUGGUUCAACAUUUUUGCCAGAGUCCAAGCUCGGUUAUCAGGAAGGCAACGGGGCUGGAGAUGGAGCGAAACGGGUGAAACGUAGUAGACCCCCAGGCCGACCGACAGCCCCGCCACCUUCACAAAAACUGCUACUGCAGCAUCAACAAAGUCGCAAACGAGAGAAUGCACUGGAGUACAGGCUAAAAAAGAGGAUAAAACUGGAGAGGACCAAACUUUUAAGAAAACAGGCCACUUUAGAUCGCUCUCCAAGGCUGCUGAGCUCCCGGCUUAUGUCCCGCCUGCACUCUCUGAACAGCAGACUGUCUCAGAACAAAGGUCGAGGCUCCACUUGGGCAAGUGGCUCAUCUUACAGGAGCGUUCCAGGAGGUACUGGCUCCUUUCACCAGCAGCUGGUACUUAAGCCAAAAGGAGAGCCCUGUAGAGGGAGGGGGAGAGGUGUGAGACUGCGAGGAGGAGGAGCGGGACGUGGCAUCAGUGGUGGAGGAAGCCACGCAGAGUUGGAGGAGGAGAGCGAGGACACCAGCAGCAGCAGCACCAACAGCAGCAGCAGCGACGAGGAGGAGGAGGAAGAAGAGGAGGAGGAAAGUGGACUGAACAGGACGGGAGGCGAUAAAGAGAACCAGCCCCAGUCGAGGCAAGGAGGAGCAGUCACUAAAGAACACGAUGAUGAAGGAAGUGAGGUGCCCAGCCAAAAUGGUGCAGAGGAUGAUGAGGAAGAGGAAAUGGAGCAGGACAUUCCAAAAGGAGACAAAGAUGGCUCCAAUCUAAAAGUGACACUUCAGAAGCCACCCAGAGCAAAACAGGACUCGACAGCCAUCGUCCCCAAAUUAGAGGCUGUUGCCUCUCAAACUGCCACCUCUACAACGCACAGCCAGAGCAGAACUCUCAUCAGACCCUCAAUUAGAAAUGGCCCUCGUCCUGAUCAACAUCCAAACAAGCACACACCCCCACAAACCCGAAGUGGACACGCGUAUUCUCAUUCUUCUCAUCCAGAGAGACUGGAAGCAUCAAAAAGACUGAGAACAACCAGGACAGCUAAACUGAGCAACGGUGCUGCUGCUUCUUCUUCAUCCGAGCUUCAGCAUCUCCGCAUCCCUCUGUCCGCUCUGCAGGAGGGAGGGGGAGAGGCAGACAGGGAGAGCGCCGGGAGCAACCCAAGCUGUGAGAGGGAGGUUUGGGUGUCUGUCUUUCGCUACUUGAGUCGUGCAGACCUGUGCGUCUGCAUGGCCGUCUGCAAGAACUGGUACAAAUGGUGUUUAGACAAGAGGCUCUGGGCGCGGAUCGACCUGAGCAUCAAGCGAAAUGUUAGCCCCCAGGCCCUCACAGGAAUCAUAAAGAGACAGCCCGUCACACUUGACCUCUCCUGGACAAACAUCGCUAAAAAACAGCUCAACUGGCUCAUUGGCCGCCUGCCUGGGCUGAAGGACCUGAUGCUGUCGGGUUGUUCCUGGUCAUCUAUUUCAGCUCUGUCCUCCACUGGCUGUCCUCUCCUUCGAUCUCUGGACCUGCGGUAUGCAGACGGGGUCAAAGACUCUCAGAUCAGAGAUUUAGUCACUCCUUCAGGCUGCGACAAUCGCAGCCCGUUGCGGAACAUGCAGUGUUUGCGGCUCGCAGGUCUGGACAUCAGCGACUCCACUCUGCGUCUGGUGAUUCGCCACAUGCCCCAUUUAACAAAACUGGACCUCUCCCACUGCAACAGCCUCACUGACCACUCCAUCAACCUGCUGACUGCAGUCGGCUCAUCCACCCGGAACACACUGACAGAACUCAACUUGGGAGGCUGCAGUAAACUGACGGACACAUGCUUGAAGUAUCUCCGCCGCCUCUCCUGCAUCUCGCUGCUCGACCUACGAGGCUGCAAAGGUGUCAGCAGAAAGGCCUGUGAGACCUUCAUCUCCGAGCUAUCAGUCAACACACUCUACUGCUUAUCAGAUGAAAAACUGAUCCAGAGGAUAUCCUAGUCGCCUGCGUUCUCUCCCUGCAGGAGUGAUUUGAGAUGCAAAAAGUGGAGGGCGUGGAUGCUGACAUGAUUAACAGAGGCAAAGGAAGCUGU